UCUCAGCCAUUGCCUAACAUUCUCUACCCUCACUCUGCUUCCCUCGCAGUUCCAUGGUGAUGACAUGGCAUCUGCCAGCUCCAGCCGGGCAGGAGUGGCCCUGCCUUUUGAGAAGUCGCAGCUCACCCUGAAAGUGGUGUCAGCAAAGCCCAAGGUGCACAACCGCCAGCCAAGAAUCAACUCCUACGUGGAGGUGGCAGUAGAUGGGCUCCCCAGUGAGACCAAGAAGACCGGGAAGCGCAUCGGGAGCUCUGAGCUUCUCUGGAAUGAAAUCAUCGUUCUGAAUGUCACAGCCCAGAGUCAUUUAGAUCUGAAGGUCUGGAGCUGUCAUACCUUGAGAAAUGAACUACUAGGCACUGCCUCUGUCAAUCUCUCCAAUGUCCUGAAGAACAAUGGCGGCAAAAUGGAGAACACGCAACUGACCCUGAACCUGCAGACGGAGAACAAAGGCAGUGUUGUCUCCGGAGGAGAGCUGACAAUUUUCCUGGAUGGGCCAACUGUUGAUCUGGGAAGCGUGCCUAAUGGCAGUGCUGUGACAGACGGAUCACAGCCACCUUCAAGAGAAUCCAGCGGGACUGCUAUAGCUCCAGAGUCCCGGCACCAGCCCCCCAGUACAAACUGCUUUGGUGGCAGGUCCCGAACGCACAGACAUUCAGGUGGCUCAGGCAGAACAACCACAACUAACGGCGACCAAAGCCCUGGUGCUAGGAACCGGCACCGCCAACCUGUGAAGAACCCCAGCAACAGUGGCUUAGCCAAUGGCACAGCGAACGAGGAACCUACUACAGCCAGUGAUCCUGAAGAACCUUCUGCUGUUGGUGUGACAGCCCCACCUGCUACAGCCUUGAGUGUGUCCCCAAACCCCAACACGACAUCUCUCCCUGCACCGUCCACACCAGCUGAGGGAGAGGAACCCAGCACUUCGGGGACACAGCAACUUCCGGCCGCUGCCCAGGCCCCUGAUGCUCUCCCAGCCGGAUGGGAGCAAAGAGAGCUGCCCAAUGGACGUGUCUAUUAUGUUGACCACAAUACCAAGACCACCACCUGGGAGAGACCUCUUCCUCCAGGGUGGGAAAAACGCACAGACCCCCGAGGAAGGUUUUACUACGUGGAUCACAACACCCGGACAACCACCUGGCAGCGCCCAACUGCUGAGUACGUUCGCAACUAUGAGCAGUGGCAGUCACAGCGGAAUCAGCUCCAGGGGGCUAUGCAACACUUCAGCCAAAGAUUCCUCUACCAGUCUUCGAGUGCUUCGUCUGACCAUGAUCCCCUGGGCCCCCUCCCGCCUGGCUGGGAGAAGAGGCAGGACAAUGGACGGGUGUAUUACGUGAACCACAACACACGCACUACCCAGUGGGAGGACCCACGGACCCAGGGGAUGAUUCAGGAGCCAGCCCUGCCCCCAGGAUGGGAGAUGAAGUACACCAGUGAGGGUGUGCGGUACUUUGUGGACCACAAUACCCGAACCACUACCUUUAAGGAUCCUCGCCCAGGGUUCGAGUCAGGGACAAAACAAGGCUCACCUGGUGCCUACGACCGAAGUUUUCGGUGGAAGUAUCACCAGUUCCGGUUCCUCUGCCACUCAAAUGCCCUACCGAGCCAUGUGAAGAUCAGUGUUUCCAGACAGACACUCUUUGAGGAUUCUUUCCAACAGAUUAUGAACAUGAAACCUUACGACCUGCGCCGCCGGCUCUACAUCAUCAUGCGUGGUGAGGAGGGCCUGGACUACGGCGGCAUCGCCAGAGAGUGGUUUUUCCUCCUGUCCCAUGAGGUGCUCAACCCUAUGUACUGUUUAUUUGAAUAUGCUGGGAAGAACAACUACUGCCUGCAGAUCAACCCAGCCUCUUCCAUCAACCCUGACCACCUCACCUACUUCCGCUUUAUUGGCAGAUUCAUCGCCAUGGCUCUGUACCAUGGGAAGUUCAUCGACACAGGCUUCACCCUUCCUUUCUACAAGCGGAUGCUCAACAAGAGACCAACUCUGAAGGACCUAGAGUCUAUUGACCCUGAGUUCUACAACUCCAUUGUCUGGAUCAAAGAGAACAACCUAGAAGAGUGUGGCCUGGAGCUGUUCUUCAUCCAGGACAUGGAGAUCCUGGGCAAGGUGACAACCCAUGAGCUGAAGGAAGGUGGUGAGAGCAUCCGAGUUACAGAAGAGAACAAGGAAGAGUACAUCAUGUUGCUGACUGACUGGCGAUUCACUCGAGGUGUGGAAGAGCAGACCAAAGCCUUUCUGGAUGGCUUCAAUGAGGUGGCCCCUCUGGAGUGGUUGCGAUAUUUUGAUGAGAAAGAGCUGGAGCUCAUGCUCUGCGGCAUGCAGGAAAUAGACAUGAACGACUGGCAGAAGAAUGCCAUCUACCGGCACUACACCAAGAGUAGCAAGCAGAUCCAGUGGUUCUGGCAGGUAGUGAAGGAGAUGGACAAUGAAAAGAGGAUCCGGCUACUGCAGUUUGUCACAGGAACCUGUCGCCUGCCUGUUGGAGGAUUUGCUGAACUCAUUGGGAGCAAUGGACCCCAGAAGUUCUGCAUUGACAGAGUUGGCAAGGAAACCUGGCUGCCCCGGAGCCAUACAUGCUUCAACCGUCUGGAUCUGCCACCCUACAAGAGCUAUGAACAGCUGAAAGAGAAGCUGCUGUAUGCCAUCGAGGAGACUGAGGGUUUUGGACAGGAGUAGCUGAGCUGUCCCUCCCAUGCCCUCCAGCACAUGUAGUCCUGAGUCCUUCCUGCCUGAGAUGCCACUGGUUGCACAGCCCUUGGGAGGCCCCUUUGGAUAGUGGCCCUGUAUGGGACUGUGCUUUGAUCAUGUUGGUGACUGAAGAGUCUGGCCCCAAGAGGCCCUGUGGCCUCUUUCUCCUACUUGAUGAUGGCAGUUUGGAAUAAAGCCCCCUGUCAUCUUUGACUUCA